AUGCCAUUUGCGCAACUAGUAAUAGGUCCGCCUGGUGCGGGAAAGUCUACUUAUUGCAAUGGCAUGCACCAGUUCCUCGGAGCUAUUGGGCGCAAAUGCUCAAUCGUCAAUCUUGACCCCGCAAAUGACAAGACAUCAUAUCCGUGUGCGCUGGACGUGCGCGACCUCGUGACACUGGAAGAAAUAAUGAGCGAAGACCAGUUAGGGCCGAAUGGUGGUGUUCUAUACGCUUUGGAAGAGUUAGAAGAGAACUUUGACUGGUUGGAAGAAGGGCUAAAGGCUCUGGGAGAUGAUUAUAUUAUAUUCGAUUGCCCUGGUCAGGUAGAAAUAUUCACGCACCAUUCAUCGUUACGGAAUAUCUUUUUCAAGAUCCAGAAGUUGGGUUAUAGAUUAAUAGUAUUACAUUUGGUCGACUCAUACAACCUCACGCUACCUUCGAUGUAUAUCUCCUCUCUCAUCCUUUGUCUUCGCGCCAUGCUGCAAAUGGACCUGCCCCACCUCAAUGUUCUCACGAAGAUGGAUAAUCUGUCCAACUAUUCGCCGCUUCCGUUCAAUCUAGAUUUCUAUACUGAGGUUCAAGACCUUUCAUAUCUCCUACCUCACCUAGAUGCAGAGUCAUCGCGGUUGUCUCACGAGAAAUUUGGACCGCUCAACAACGCUAUCAUUGACCUAAUUGAGGAGUUCGGACUUGUGGGAUUUGAAACUGUUGCUGUGGAGGAUAAGAAAAGCAUGAUGAAUCUACUCCGAGUAAUUGACCGCGCCAGUGGGUACGUUUUCGGACCAGCAGAAGGAGCAAAUGACUCUGUCUGGCAAAUGGCUGUUCGGGAAGGAAUGGGGACCAUGGACGUCCGAGACGUACAGGAACGCUGGAUAGAUGCCAAGGACGAAUACGAUGAGCUGGAGCUGCGGCAGCUUGAAGAAGAAGCCAAACGACACGAGCAGGGAGCAGCCGAUCAGGGCGGGAACGAAGGUGAUGACGACGAAUAUGGCCCAAGAGCGCCAAUUCCGGAUGGCGGAGUGAAAGUAGUACGGAAGAAAUGA